GUUUUGCGGCAACCUCGAGCCCGUUUUAUCACGCCUCUGCCUUCCAGGUUUUCCUGUUUUGAGGAGGGAAGGAGAAUUAGGUGCAAAGAUGCUUGCUCAAGUACACAGAUGUACAUCCAGCUCUGACCCCUUUCAGAGAUUCUGUCAUGGUGGUACCACUCAGGUAACAGUGCCCAUACAAAGGCCUUUCAUCUCUUCCCUGAGGAAAAUGAAGGAGAGGAGUACUUUCUGGGGCAUUGAAGUAGUUGAAGCUCUUUACUGGCAUCGAUGGUGUCUGGGAAAAGAAUUCAUCAAACAUUUAACUCUGAAAAACGUUUGUCUGAAAACCCAGAAGUUGAGGUUCAGACCGCCGACUACACGUUUCUUUACCACCAUCUUCCCACAGCCAAUUAUUCUGAGCCCUGGGAUGUCCUUAACUCUGCCUAUCAUCUUCCGACCUUUGGAAAAGAAAGAGUAUGAAGACAGCAUCCACUUUGAAAAAUCAGAGGGAGAAUUCACUGUUGCACUGUGUGCUAAGCUGCCGCACAUCAGUUUGCUUUUCCCAGACAGCAUUCACCUCCCUUCCUGUGCUGUCUAUGACUCCACAGGGGCUUCAUUUAUCCUCUACAAUGAUGGGGAUGUAUAUACUAGUUUUAGCUGGGAAGUGCCAACCCCUUUCAACUUUAUUCCUUCUCGUGGCAUGUUGAAUCCAGGUCAAGAGUGCACCAUAAAGGUGACCUUUCACCCUCAGGCAGCUCUGGUGCAUGAUGUGUCAGCAACAUGCAGCUUUGGAGAAACUCAGGAACAGAAGUCCAUGAGACUGACAGCUAUUGCCAAAUAUCCCAAUCUGGUGGUAACUGUGCCAGGAGACUCACAUGAAGAUACUGGACGUAGACAUAUCUGGGAUGUGCUGCACUUUGACUCUGUUGCUGUUGGUAGCACUGCAGAAAGAUAUGUGGAAAUCUGCAAUAUGUCUGUGGUUAAUGCUCCAUUCCGGAUUGAAAGAUCAAAGGAAUCAACACCUCGCGAUUCUGACUUCUUGUGUGACGUCUCCCCAGCCACUGUUUCAGCUGGUGGGAAGUUUCUCGUUCCCUUUUAUUUCAGCCCACAGAUUGUUGGUAUGAACAGUGUGGACUAUUUCACUGUUACCCCUGUUGGGAAUGUGACACAGUCUGUGCUGAAGGUGACAGGCUCCUGCAAAGGUCCUGGCAUUUCUCUUCAGCAUCCCUUUGUUUACUUCAGCUGUAUUAAUCUUGGGGAGAGCUUAACUCAGCCCUUCAAUGUCACCAAUAUUUCUGAUGUCCCAGCCUACUAUCAGUUUGACAUUGACUGCAGACAGAGUAUCUUUUCUUUUGACCACCCGUGUGGAAUCUUGGCGGGGAUGUCCACUAUUACACUGAAGGUGACCUUCCAGCCUGCCUAUCCGAUGAUUUAUUACCGAAGAGUGGUUUGCCUUGUACAUCACCAGGACCCAUUGUUUCUCGAUUUGUUUGGAACAUGCCACUCAGUUGCAAUGAAACCAGAAAUUCUGAAAUUAAAGGAUCUAACCAGAUAUAGGACACACAUGGCCCGAGGACUGACCUUUUACCCACCAGAUGUCCUGGGUACCAUGCUGAAGGAAAACAAACUGCUGCUGGAUGAAAACGGAGCCCUCACACUCCCACCAGAGAUGCUGGAGAAUAAACCACCUGAAGAAUAUCCUUCUCUUGAGCCCAUGGUUGAAUACUUCUAUGACGGUGUAAACAGUGACUUUACUGUGUUCCCUCCUCACGUCAUCCUGAGCAACAAUGAGUUUGAUUUUGGCUGCUGUACAGACCUUCAUAAUAUACAGCCAUUUCCUCUCUCCCUGACCAACUGCACAAAAGGAAAGAUUACUGUCAGGUGGACAAACAAGCCAGAGAGUCCCUUCCAGGUGGCUCCAGAGUGUUGUGACAUCCCACCUCUGAAAUCUAUGGCUUUCUGUGUCACUUUCCAGCCUUCUCAGCUCAACUCUUUGUAUGCAGCAGAACUAGAAGCAUUUGCCCUCUACAAGGUGUUGCGGCACUAUAGCAAUAUCGAAGAGCGUACCACCAUGUGCCCAUCCUGGAGCUCCACCAUCCGCUUGCGUGGACAUACUUUUGAACCCAGGCAACAGCACUUCAUCCCACAGUAUACUUUGGACUGUCACAAGGUCUUUCCUCCAGUACGCCCGAACACCACCACAUAUUGUAGCAUGCUACUCUGCAACACAGGCACCGCUGCCAUAAGCUUCAACAUGAGCCUGGAGAAGUGCCCCUCCCUUCUGGUCAAGCCUCACUCGGGGUUCAUUGCACCUGGAGACCACCAGAUCUUCAUCCUCUCAACCUGCCCACAGGAAACAUCUGUACUGCACCAUAGUUUGUCCUUGCACCUCAACUUUUCUGCAUCAUUCACAAAGGAAAUCAUCCUCCAGAGCAAUGCUGAGCCCCUUGUCCUGCUUUUAGAAGGUGACGGCAGCUUCUAUUUCAAGCCCACCUGUGUGGGUCUCGCUUCCUCACGCACCUUCACUAUAAAGAACUCCACUCGGCUCCCCAUGUUCUUCAGGUGGAAGAUCUGGCAAUCUGACAAAAAGUUCCUAUCUGUCCUGCCCGAUGGAGGGACUAUUCUACCCAAUGAAGCUUUGGCUCAGACAUGGAUCUUCAGUCCCAGUGCGGAGAUAAAAUACCUUCUGCGGGCUUGGGUGACUGUGUGGAGAGAUCAGGAGAUACUGGAUGACAAGGGCCCAGACAGUGUUCGUUAUCCGCUGAGGAUUAUUGGAGAGGGAGCACUGGGCACCAUAACAGCACCAGAAGAACAGGUGGACGUUGGCAAUAUCUUGGUUGGCAAAACACAGUCGUGUGAACUUGUGUUAUUAAACAAUGGGGUUUGUUCCCUAAAAUACGUACUCAGUGUGGAGCAGAAAAUCACCGGACCAUGUGACCCUGAAGAAGUUGCCAGUGACCCACUAGCAAUAGAACUUGACCACUACAGAGGAACAAUUCCUGCUCGGGGAAAGAUCUUGUUGCAAGCAACUCUUAGCCCAACCCGUUGGUUGCAUUACAACUGGACUGUCUUUUAUGCCCUCUACACUGUAAAAGCCACUGAACCUUUUACAGAAAAGAAGCCAGUCUGCAGUGUGACAGCCACAGGCAUCUAUCCAUCCAUCUGCAUCACGGAUGUCUGUGGGAUUGGCAGCGCCCGUGGCAUCAGCAAGCUGCACCUUUGGCAGCUUUUUUCUCUGGAAACCUUGAAUAAAUAUCUGGAGCGAGAUCCAACUCCACAGGAGCUCACCUUCAGAGUGCCUACUAGGCACAGUACGAAUCUAACUCCCCCAGUUUAUACUCCUGUCAUGGUGGAUUUCAACUUUGGUGCUGCUCCUGUCAGACGUGUGCCCUCUGUAGUGAUGCUGAUGCUGCAAAAUAAUGGGGUGAUGCCUGUGAACUGGGCCUUUCUGUUUCCUUUCGACCAGAAGAUAGACAUGGAAUACUGGGCAGAAAGUGCUGAGUUUGAUCCCAGUGAGCUGCACCAGAUGCGGGUUCAGGAUAACCAACUUUUCAGCAUUUGUCCCAAGGAAGGAAAUCUUCUUCCAGGAGAAGAGCAAACUAUACAUCUAUCCCACAGACAUGAUUUCAUUGGCACUGACCGACUCCCAGUGUUGUUGAAGGUCUCCCACGGUCGAGAAAUUCUGCUGAAUUUUAUUGGUGUGACAGUGGACCUGGAGUCCUACUACAUUCACUUCACUUCAACCAAGCAUGUGUUCACACCCAUUGCUAUUGGCAGCAGUAAUCCUCCUAAACAGAUCUAUGAACUGUACAAUGGAGGUGCUACAAAAGUAGCUUAUGAAAUCCAGGUGGAUGCUCUGAUGGAGGUUCAAGAAGAAAAUCAGCAGCAUGCAGUGUUUGUGUGUUUAAAUCCAAAAGGAGAGAUUGGACCAGGCUUGACUGCCCAUACUGAAUGGAUCUUCUCCCCUCUGGAAGCCAAAAUGUACUCUGUGAAUGUGCCCAUUCAUAUCCUUGACGGAGACUCUGCUCUGAUCACCUUCCAAGGAGUAGGCUAUGAUCCACAUGUUAUGAGAGAGGCAGCACAGUUUGAUAAAGUGGUGUCUCCUGUCAUAGCACCAGGAUCUGCAAAAUUAACAACGCCUGGUUUGGCAGUAUAUUUAUCUCAGCCCCAGAUUUGUUUUGGCAACAUCCCAGUUUAUAGCAAAUGCAGUCGCCUCUUCUUUCUGAACAACACUUCUGAGAAGGAGGCGAUAGUGUUCGCUUGGUACAUUACGACUUCAGAUGCCACAGUGGUGCUGAACGUCAUUCCAGAGACGGGAAUUGUUCCGGCUGGAGAGAGCACCUAUUGUGUUGUCAUACUACAUGCAAGUGAAACCGCUUGCUUCUACGAUAUUGAUCUGGUCUGUGAGGUUUUCACACAGCAACCGCUGGAUCAAUAUGAAAAAGAGCUGAAAGAAUGGGAGACUGAGAAGGCCCGGCAAGCUGUGGAGUUCACCAUCACAGAGAAGGAUCUGAACAGGAAGAAGAAUGUAAAAGAACAUGCGCAGGUAAGGCCAAACCUGCUAGGGACAAAGUCUUCUGUGUCAGUUACGGAGAUCCGGAAAUACAAGACUCUUCCUCCCAUUAAAACGAGCAGUGUGCCCAACCCCCCUGCCAGCCGUAGCCAGAGGAUACAAUCGAGACACAAAGAGGCUAAAAAGUUGUGGACCAAGCCAGAGCCUCCCCUGCCCUCCCUCUUGCAUGUGAGGGUCACAGCCAGGUCUCACUCAGUUGAUGAUCUCCUGAAUGACUUCUCUGGUGAAUUGCCCCAGCACUUCCUGUACCGCCAACUUAAGACAAAAGCAGCAAGAAAUAACGCUCCAGAUGAAACACCUCUCAGCGAUAGCAGGAGCAAGCAACGAACUGCACUGGCUCCAUCCUGGCAGGAACUAGCAAACUGUUCAAAAGAAGAGGCACGGCUGGUGACAGAUGUGCUGUCUACAGUGAUCAAAGGUUUGCUGGAAGAGACCCAGUUUCAUUCGGCCGUGAUGAGAAGUAUUGCAGAGCCCAUACCUUACUUCUGCCAGUUUUGGAGUGAGGAGUCUGCAAAGCUACUUGAUAAGAAACAGAGUCCUGGUACCUCCCCUACCCCUCCUUCCUCAGAGGUCAAUGCUAAGGACAGGCAAGGAGAGGAAGCCGCUAGGAGAGAGGAGGUGUCUCCUUCAGGGACUUCAGAUGCCGCAGAGACCCCGAGUGUCAUCAUUCGCAAGGAACAGUUCCGGGAGGAGAGAGAAGCCAUACUCAGGAUGCCGGCAUAUGCAAAUCUGACAGAAAAGAUACUGGACAAUGCCAUCCAGAAUAUUCUGGUGGAGGCCAGUCGUGGUGAGGUGGUGCUCACUGCCAGACCCAGAAUUAUUGCGCUCCCUCCUCUUCUCUGCCAGACCUCCUCCAUAAGAGACCAGGAUACAUCAGCCAGAAUACAAGAUUUUCACGGCAGAAAAGAUUUCAGUUCUGUUGAGUCCUGCGAAAUACUAUCCCAGACUUUUGUAGAACCUAUGAGUUCUCUCUCUGAGGAAAUGAAGGAGUCUUAUGGACAGCGGCACAUCACCUUGCCUUCAUAGGAGCCUGGUGAACUCUGAUACCAUCCAAGGCCAGUAUUUGCAGCAGUCUGAUCUGUGUGUGAGCCUGAGCCCUCCCAAAAAACCCACCUCCUCAGUCAAAGAAGAAAUGACUACCAACAGAACUAUAAUGUGGGCCCUGCCUUUUCAUACUAAUAGCAGAAGUGCAAGAGAGUGUAUCCUGCUGUCUUCGAAAUCUGAUUCAAUUUUGCAGCAAGGCAAGAUGGUUCCAGUUGUGGCAGAUUAUGAGAUUUUGUCAAAUGAAGAUAACUGCUCUCAACUCUGCAAGUCUUCUGUGUUAGUGUUCAAGUUUUCUUCCAGCAAGGGGCAGUAGAGGCAUCUUCUAGUCUGGCAGUGAUGUAAAUUCAACAAAGGAUAGUGCAAGGUAUUUUAUAUGUCAGCCAAAUAUGCAAGCGACAGAACCAUAUAGAAUACUAGGUACCAAAA